AUGGCAGGCUACGGCCUGUGCGUAGCCAAGGCACAGUACCCUAUUGCUGAGAUGAUAGACCUGCUGAGGAAAAAGGGAAAGAACGUGCGAUUCGGCAUCCACCCCGUAGCAGGUCGCAUGCCCGGACAGCUGAACGUGCUGCUGGCUGAGGCCGGCGUGCCGUACGACCUCGUCCUCGAGAUGGACGAGAUCAAUGAAGACUUCCCCGACACCGACCUGACGCUGGUCAUCGGCGCCAACGACACGGUGAACUCGGCCGCCGAGGACGACCCUAACUCCAUCAUCGCUGGCAUGCCCGUCCUGCGGGUGUGGAACUCCGCCAACGUGAUUGUGAUGAAGAGAAGUUUAGGUGUGGGCUAUGCCGCAGUAGAUAAUCCAAUUUUCUACAAGGAGAACACGAACAUGCUGCUCGGCGAUGCUAAGAAAACUUGUGAUGCUCUACUGAGCAAAUGCCAGGAUCACUACUCAGGGCAUUAAGCGUGUUACGAAUGUGAAGUCUCACACAGUACACUAGUACUGCUAGGUUAUUUUCAGCUUCCCUCCCCCUAGUGAGUGAAUCUGAUGCAAUCCAUCCAGUAGACUGGUAGAUGCAAUUUCCAUGGAUGUUGAAGAUGGUGCAUUGCUUCCACAUACUGCAUGCGUGCGCAAUACUUGCUACCACAGCACAUGCACUAGGCGGCUGAUGGGAUUGUGCGAUCUUGUUCUACAAGAAACCGUUUCGACCAUUGAUAUUGUUUAGUGAUGAAAAUCACUUUAAGAAAACCGACUGGUUUUAAAGGUUUUUUUCGUCACCGAACAUUACUACAAUUUGGCACCACUCCACUUAAGAAAUCGGUUCUCGUCACCUGGUUAUUGUGCGUGUGUGUGCGUUUAUUUUUGGUUGCUUGGCUUGGUAAAUGUACGUCCAUGUCAUGCCCUGGCAGCUUGAUUCCCUUCCAGCAUGCUCUAACACGCUUCUUGCAUGCCCUAACACGCUUCUUGCAUGGCUUCUUGUCUUUUUCUAGGUAAUUGUGAUGAAGAGAAGUUUAGGUGUGGGCUAUGCCGCAGUAGAUAAUCCAAUUUUCUACAAGGAGAACACAAACAUGCUGCUUGGCGAUGCUAAGAAAACUUGCGAUGCUCU